CAUACCUACGUGAGUUGCUGAGCUCGUCGCCUUUGGCUGUAGUUCUGGGUCGUAAGGACUUGAUGAAGUCAAAGUGAAGUCAUUUAGGAUAUCUGUCUUCUGAGAGGUGGAGCAAUGAAGGCAGAGCCAUAAUUCUGCGUCAGGUCAUGGCCAAAGCCCGGAGACAAGCUUUACGGGGAGCUGGUUACCUGUCUCGUGCUCAAUCCUCCUCCUGCCUUUCCAUGACAGAGGAACUUUUCUUAGAAGCUGCAGAAUAUGGAAACAUUCCUGAAGUGAGGCGAAUGCUAGAGGAGCUCCAUGACCUCAAUGUCAACUGUGUGAACUACAUGGGCCAGAAUGCAUUGCAGCUGGCAGUUGCCAAUGAGCAUUUAGACGUAACUAAGCUCCUACUUGGGAAGAAAGACCUUGCUAGAAUAGGAGAUGCUUUGCUGUUAGCCAUCAGUAAAGGCUACAUCCGUAUUGUUGAGGCCAUACUGAGUCAUCAGGCGUUCGCAGACGGUCAGAGGCUGACUAACAGCCCCAGCCAGGCAGAGACACACGAUGACUUCUUUGCAUACGAUGAGGAUGGCACACGUUUCUCUCACGACAUCACUCCCAUCAUCCUGGCUUCCCAGUGCCACGAGUAUGAAAUCGUCCAUAUACUUCUUAUAAAGGGGGCCCGUAUAGAGCGUCCCCAUGACUACUUCUGCCAGUGUAGGAUGUGCAAUGAGCAGCAGAGGCAUGAUUCAUUCAGUCAUUCACAAUCGCGCAUCAAUGCGUAUAAAGGUCUGGCCAGUCCAGCAUACCUGUCCCUCUCCAAUGAAGACCCCGUGAUGGCGGCUCUGGAACUGGGCAAUGAGCUUGCAGUUCUGGCCAACAUUGAGAAGGAGUUCAAGAAUGAUUACAAGAAGCUGUCCAUGCAGUGUAAAGACUUUGUGGUGGGGCUUCUGGAUUUGUGUCGAAACACAGAGGAAGUGAAGGCCAUCUUAAACGGGGACAUUGAAUCGUGUCAAAGAGCCGAGACCUUAAACAGACAAAACCUCAUCAGGUUAAAACUCGCAAUAAAAUAUGAAGUUAAAAAGUUUGUGGCACAUCCAAACUGCCAACAGCAACUCCUCUCCAUCUGGUAUGAGAACUUGUCUGGACUACGUCAGCAAACCACAGCAGUUAAACUCCUUCUUGUCCUCGGUGUAGCUUUUGGGUUGCCUGUCCUGGCCUUUAUGUACUGGAUAGCUCCAUCGAGCAAGUUAGGGAAACUCAUGUGUGGACCGUUCCUGAAGUUUGUGGCCCAUGCAGCUUCCUUUAUGAUAUUUCUUUGCCUACUGGUCCUGAACGCAGCAGACCGGUUUGGAGGAACGUCGCUGCUGCCAAACAUGACCAUCCACGAUCACCCGUCGCAACUGUUCCGCAUGAAGACCACCCCCUUCACCUGGAUGGAGAUUCUUAUCAUAUCCUGGGUCAUAGGGAAGAUCUGGGAAGAAUGUAAAGAUAUUUGGUCGCAGGACAUCCGGGAAUACAUUUCAGAACCCUGGAACCUUCUCGACUUUAGCAUUUUGGCCAUUUUUAUGACCUCUUUCAUCACCCGAUUAAUGGCUUUCUGGCACGCAUAUUCUGCCCAAUGUUAUGUUGACCAGCACUAUACUGACCUGUCCAACAUGACCUUGCCCUUUGAGAUACAGUAUUUCCAGCUCGCUCGAAGCAACUGGAUGCCCUCAGACCCGCAGCUGAUCUCUGAAGGCCUCUAUGCGAUUGCAGUCGUGCUCAGUUUUUCUCGCAUCGCAUACAUUCUGCCUGCCAAUGAGAGCUUCGGGCCUUUGCAGAUCUCUCUGGGAAGGACAGUUAAAGACAUUUUUAAGUUCAUGGUGAUUUUCAUAACCGUUUUUGUGGCUUUCAUGGUGGGAAUGUUCAAUCUGUACUCGUACUACCUUGGAGCCAAGUACAACGAUGCCUUCACAACGCUCGAAGAGAGUUUCAAAACGUUAUUUUGGGCCAUCUUUGGCUUGUCCGAAGUGAAAUCAGUGGUUAUUAACAUCGACCACAAGUUCAUUGAGAAUAUUGGCUAUGUUCUGUACGGGGUGUACAACAUCAUCAUGGUGAUUGUCCUGCUAAAUAUGCUCAUUGCCAUGUUCAACAGCUCCUUCCAAGAGAUUGAGGGUGACGCUGAUGUUGAGUGGAAGUUUGCCAGGGCUAAGCUCUGGUUCUCGUAUUUUGGGCAUGGUGGCACACUGCCUGUGCCCUUCAAUCUCAUCCCCAGCCCCGCAUCUGUUGCUUCCCUCUUGCUGGGAAUUAGGGAACUUCUCUGGGAUGCACCUCAAGGCCAAAGCAAAGAAAAUUCAAGUGAUGAGAUGGAGCUUAAUAAGCUGAGGCAACAAGAAGAUCUGAGUGUGGAAGAAUCACCAAAGCAUCACCAAAAGAUAAUGAAUCGCCUCAUCAAAAGAUACAUCUUAAAAGCACAGAGAGACAAAGACAACGACGAAGUGAACGAAGGUGAACUGAAAGAGAUCAAACAGGACAUCUCCAGCCUCCGCUAUGAGCUACUCGAAAGGGGGAACCAUGACAAGGAGACGCUGGCAAAGCUCAUCAAGCAGUUGGGAGAAGCCGUGCAUGUUGAGCAGAGAGAAUAGCAGAAGAAUGAACUAACUAUACUUUCUUAAACAACGUCAAUAUUAGAGACAUAUUUACUGGACACACUGCACUUCAGUCAGGGCGACAUUAUAAGCUGAAAAAAAGAUAUUCUGUAUUUUAAAUAUAAGAAAAUUGUAGAUUUUUCCCACAUAAUGUAGAUUUAUCACUUUGGAAGUACUCGUAUGUGUACAGUUAAUCACAUGGUCGCACCAAUGGUGUAUUUCUCUUGUUUCAUAAGCUCUGUUAUACUAAUAUGCACCACUGACUGCUAACAUACGAUGGUGCUGCCUGUUACCAAGGUUUCAUUCAGAGCCGAUAUUUCCAUCUGGAGUAGAAAAUCAGUUCAGGUAAAGCGAGGAAACACUUUUUGGAUGUGUCAGUGAAUGGUCCAUAAAUCAUCAUAAAAACAGAUGAAAGCUUGUUGGUAAUAAUCCGAGUUUCUGUGAAUCUUAUUUCUUAACAAUAGAAGACAUUUUUUAUUUUAUUUUUAAUGUUGUGUAUCAUUAAAACAUUGAUCACUUAAGCAUAGUGUUUAAUGAAUAUCAUUAAAUGA